AUGGCUACCAAAGGGAUGUGGGAGAUAGAUCCGGAGACGAAGUCCAAGCUCGCUGCGAUGCAGAAGGAGAAGAACAACAACAUCUGCUGCGACUGUGGCGCUCCCAGCCCGCAAUGGUGUUCGCCCAAGUUCGGCAUCUUCAUCUGCCUUUCGUGCGCGGGCGUUCAUCGAGGUCUGGGUGUGCACAUUUCGUUUGUGCGCUCCGUUUCCAUGGACGCCUUCAAGCAGGCCGAGAUCGAGCGCAUGCGGCUCGGCGGCAACGACAAGUGGCGCACCUUCUUCGAGAACCACCCCGACACCAAGAUGCGCGGGAUCGCGUGGGACGAUGCGACGAUCGCAGAGCGAUACAGCGGCGAGGUUGGAGACAAGUUCAAGUUCGAGCAGCGCGGCCGCUGGGGUGCCAUUGAGCGGCACGAGCAGCAGGACGGCAAGCCCCAAGCCGGGAACAACGAUCAAGUGGACGACAAGUACUUUGCCAAGUUGGGGGCUGCCAACGCCAGCAGACCGGACAACUUGCCGCCUAGCCAGGGAGGAAAGUAUCAGGGCUUCGGAAACACGGUGUCGUCGGAGCCGAAGAAUGACGGCGACGCGAGCUUGCCGGGACUCGAUGAGUUGCAGAAGGAUCCCGUGGCGGCGCUAAGUAAAGGGUUCGGAUGGUUCACCAAGACGGUGACCCAGACGGCGAAGACGGUUAACGAGGGAUAUAUCCAGCCUACGGCUAAGCAGAUAGCCGAAUCCGAGCUCGCUGCAAAAGCCCGUAUUGCGGCAGCGCAAGCCGCCAUGUCAGCACAGACUGUAGCACAGGCUGGCGCCAAAACCGCGUCGGAGAGCUUCAACCGGUUUGUCGAGGGAGGACCUUCCAACUCCGCUGGCGGUGGCUAUAGGUCAGUUCCCACUAGCGGCGGUGGCAGCAGCAACUUUGACGAGAGCAAGAGGUCGUUCUGGGAUGACUUCUCCAGCGUAGCGGACCAGAGAAAGUCAGCUGGUGGUAGCUCGAUCGGGACGGCAGUUAUGGGCAAGGGCGGAAACAAUGGCUCUUCCGCUGCUCCUCCUCCAGCAGCUGCUAAGAAGGAUGAGUGGAAUGAUUGGUAG